AGAACUCUGUUUUCGUUAAACAAAUCGGGAAAAACAAAAAUUUACCACGUCCAGAAGCUACGAAAACCGGGUGACGCAAUCCAAGUAAAUCAGAAAUCAAGGAAAACACUGCAAAAGAACCACGAUAAGCAGCGAUGAAUACAGUGAGAUCUUGGUUUAUUUUGUUCUGCUCAAGUUUGAUUUUAUUCUUUGCAACUGCCGAAGAUCCCCAUCGUUCAAUAGAGGGAUUACCACUUGUAAGAAACAUUAGUAAGCUUUCACAGGAUAACUAUGGAAGGGGAGGUUUGUCCCAUAUUACUUUGGCAGGCUCAGUAUCCGCAGGAUUGAGAGAGGUUGAGGUUUGGCUUCAAACAUUUGCUCCAGGAUCACGAACACCAAUACACAGACACUCCUGUGAAGAAGUUUUUGUUGUCCUGAAGGGGAGUGGCACUCUCUAUCUGGCCUCAAAUUCGCAUGGGAAGUACCCUGGGAAGCCACAAGAACACUUUAUCUUUUCAAAUAGCACCUUUCAUAUCCCUGUUAAUGAUGCUCACCAGGUCUGCAAUACAAAUGAACAUGAGGAUUUGCAAGUGAUUGUUACUAUAUCACGUCCACCUGUGAAAGUGUUUAUAUACGAUGACUGGUACGUGCCUCACACUGCAGCAAAGCUUAAGUAUCCCUACUAUUGGGAUGAACAAUGCCACCAAGCAUCUGUAAAAGAUGAGCUUUAAAAUUGAAAUACUAGAUGAGGAGUAUAGACUGAGAAAUGGUUACUGUUUCUCCACUUCUUAUGGAAAGGAAUAUGUGAGAAAUUUCAUUGCGUUUUGUGACAAUCAGAGUCGAGGUACCACGCUGAUAUGGACUUGUAAAUUGUAAUAUUGUACAUGAAUGGUGUAUUCUUUUUGUAUUUCUUUUAAGCUUUAGCAAAUUUGACGUUAAAA